GCAUUAACCAUAGGUAUUCCGAUUUUUACACCAGAGAAGGACUAAACCCAUGCCAUUAUCGAUCCUCGCGCACGGACUGAGACAGAACCCUCACCCGAAGAAAAGCAGCGCGACAGAAAAUCGAGAAAUUCCCGUCCUCCUCGUACUCCCAGCGCCAGAACCAGAAUGCCGAAGGACAAGGAUCUGAAGCACAAAUCCAAGAAGCUCAAGAGCGAAGAGUCCUCAAAGCGCAAAGCUGACUCAGAUGAUGAUGAUACAAGUGAUACAUCGGUGGAGGAUGAACCUGUACAGAAGUCUUCAUCUGGGGAUCAUAAGACCAAUGAACAGGGGGAGCCCUUCUUGAGUAUAGAUAAGAACCGAAGGGUCACAAUCAGAGAGUUCAAGGGCAAGACUUACAUUGACAUCCGUGAGUUCUACGAGAAGGAUGGAAAGCUCUUGCCAGGAAAGAAGGGCAUUUCACUGUCUGUUUCCCAGUACAACAACUUGAAGUCUGCUAUGACCACUAUUGAUAAAUUACUGUAGAUCUGCAUUCAGAAGUUCAUGGGUGUAUUGGUGUGUUCUACAUAUGGAAGUGUCAUGUGAUGUAUGUUAAUGAUAAAUGAAAAACAAGAGGCAGUUCAUGCUAACUUUUGCAUGGUAGUAAUGAUUUUGUUUUUACAAAAUAUCAGUCUCAAAGUAACAGUACCAUUCCAAAUUACUGAUAGUGGGAAGAAAGAUGUUCCUUUUUCAAAUUUACAAAUGAGAGUUUGUGUGUAGCUACGAAGAUAAAUGUUGAAGCCUUUUUUUAUGCAAUUUAUUUUAUGAAACACUAUAAUUUUUUAAAAAGAGGAGAUUCAUUUUGUCAGAAAACAUCAUAAUAAAAAAACAAAUAUUUUGUUUGUCUUUGUUUAUUCCUGAAACUAUUGUUUGAAAGGAAAUUUGUGUUGACUUAUAUUCACUGCAUUAUUUUCAUUAUCUAGUGGCCUGAGAAAGAUAUGCCAUUUACUUUUUGAAAGUAAGUCAUAUUAUAUAAUUAUAAGAUUCACAAUAUCUUGCAUAUUAUAAAGUCUUCAUACCUGGAUCCACAGUAAUCAAAAAGACGUAAAAAUACCCAUGCAAUAAGUUGUAAAAUGCUUAAAAAGAACAGUAGAAUGUAUAGUGAUGAGUUUUUGUGAACAGUAGUGUCUUUGGAUUGUUAGUGUCAGUAUAAGUAAAAAAAAAAUAUGUAACAACAUUUGAAUUAUAUGAGCUUGAUUAAUGCUAUGGUUCACUUGAUAUCAUGUAUGAAAUACACACUUGUUUGAUACUUUUCAUGCCGGUAAUUGAUAAACAAGAUAUUAGCUAUCAAAGUCAGAUAUAAAAUUUUGUACAGGCAAUGCUUAUUUUGUUGAAGGAGCACAUUGAUAGAUUUAAAAUUAAAUGAUUAAAACAUGCAUACUAGAAAAAAAUUAUAUUGGCCAAGAAUUAAGAGGCUGAUCAAUAAUAUUGAUUCACGUGAUAGAUAUUUUAUUUAAGAAAGUGCCAUUAUGACAUUCAAGUUACCAUACAUUAAUUUCAAAUUUGCUAUAGCAACUUUCGGAUGUUGUGAUUAUAUGUUCCCAUUUAAAUGUACAUGAUCUUGAUCAUAAAUAUGUGAAAAUGUGAAA